GCGUGAGGUGUCGGAUGUCCCAUGGAGCAGUGAACUCAGCCAACUUCUCCCGAAGAAAAGUAGGGCUUUCCAGUGGGAUUAUAAUCAGUAAAGGGACAUUAAAACAUCUAUAGUUAUCAGAGUGCGUAAACUGAGUUUCACAUGAGUGCUUAUUAUGCAGAGCAAAGUUUCGAAAGAAGUUUUCCUUAAGUUCUGACAGGUUUGUGUAGCUCGGUGGUUUUCAGGGUGGUGUUCACUGGUUUGUUUUUGACACCAAAAGUCACCAAAAACAGACAGUAUGUCGCAGUCUGAACAGAAAGAAAACACGGAGCAGCCAAAGUUAAGCUCUGAAAAUGAACACAGCGGGUUCUUGGUGAACCCGAGAGCGGUUUGUAACGCGUGUAAACGCUUGUACCGGGACCCUAAAAUCCUCCCUUGUCUGCACACCUUCUGCUCCGACUGUGUCGGCCGGCUGGAGCCGUUCUCUGUGUCUUCGCGCAGAGGCGAAGAAGCGGUGGAAGAGGACCGACCCGCCGUCACCGUCACGGUGCUUUGCCCCGACUGUGACUCCGAGGUGGACAUCCCUCCUUCGGGACCGGAAGGGCUGAGCACCGACCACCUGGCGCUGGACGAAGUAUUCCUGGAGACCCUGGCGACGGACGGCCCGCUGGGAUGCGACCUGUGCGGUGAAGGAGGCGCCGAGAGCCGCUGCGAGGUCUGCUGCGUCAACCUGUGCGAGUUCUGCUGCCAGGCGCACAGGCGGCAGAAGCGAACAGCAUCUCACUCUGUUCAGUGUCUGGAGGAGCUGAAGUCUCGUGGUCGUCUCUGCCGCCCCGUCCUCUGCUCUCUCCACCCCGGCCAGGAGCUCCGGCUCUUCUGUCAGCCCUGCGACCUGCCCGUCUGCCUGGAGUGUGCCGCCACACUGCACCGCGACCACCGCUGCUGCCCCACCCGGGAUGUUAUCGAUCGUCAUGGAGACCGCAUCCGAGAGCUGGUCACGGUGCGCCUGCGACCCCGACUGGAGCGUUUAAAGGACUCGCUGCAGAAGGUGGAAGUAGCCCAGGAGACUUUGCAGGCACGGGUGGAUGCAACAGCGAACGAGGUGAGGGCGUUUGCGCGAGCCUACGCCAGCGCUGUGGAAUCCCACUGCCUCUCUCUGCUGCAUUGCCUGGAGGACGUCCGUGUGCAACGCAGGAACCAGCUUCACCUGCAGAGGGCACAGCUGCAGCAGGCUCUGUUGGACAUUGGAGGCGGAGUGGAGUUUGCAGAGAGACUGCUGAGCUGCGGGUCAGACGCUGAGAUCCUCAGCGCCAAAGGAGUGACCCUGAGAAGACUGACCAGCCUGGCAGAGAGCAGCUAUGACCCCCACCCGGCAACUGCCCCCCCAGACGACGGCAGCAGCAUCAGCUUCAUGCCCAGGGAGCCAGCGGGGGAUUUGGAGGGCUACCCGGUGGUCGGGGUUAUUAACUCUAAGACAGUGGACCUCAGCAAGUGCACCAUCGAAGGGGAAGGUCUACAGAGGGGCAGGGAUGGGCAGCAGGGCCACUUCACCCUGGUGUGCCGGGACUCAGCUGGGGAGCAGAUGACACGAGGUGGAGAGCAAGUCUUGGUCAGCGUCGUUCACAAGGAGAAGAAAAACUGCACAGUGGAGGCGACAGUGGUUGAUAACAAUGAUGGAUCCUACAGCAUUUCGUACACACCUGAAGAGCCAGGUGCCUACUCAGUGUGGGUUUGUGUCAAAGCCCAACAUGUCAAGGGUUCUCCGUUUAUUCUAGAUGUGAAGAGAAAGUUGAGGCGUCACCGUGGGACGUUUCACUGCUGCUCCUUCUGCUCCAGUGGAGGAGCCAAGGAGGCUCGCUGUGGCUGCCCAGGAACCAUGCCAGGAGGAUUCAAAGGUUGCGGUCACAGUCAUAAAGGACACCCUGGGAAGCCGCACUGGUCUUGUUGUGGCAGCACCGUGGAGCGGUCCGAGUGUUUGCCUCAGAGCGUGUUGGAUGCAGUUUCCCCCCGCGGCCACCUGCGAACUGUGGAGCUCUGAGGCGACGCAGAGAGACCUGUCAAGAUGAUGCAAGUUAAUGAAAGAUGGCAGCAACCAAAAGGUUAGAGCGGCGGGGUAGUAGGGUUGUUGGUGUAAUUCUUGAGCAGACUUGAAAAGGUCAGACAAAGAAAGAGAAGCUCUAAAGCCACGGUGACUGAGGCAGGACAUUAAAGUCGAGGUUUCUUGAGAGUGCUCACCUCUGCCAGACAUUCUGCUAACUGUCAUUGUGAAACAGUCGCCAGUUUACCAUCAGAGACCAACAUAUAAGACAAAGACCUGAGAUAAAGGCUGUGAAUCUAUGUGGUAAAGUGCCUUUUGUGUCUACGCUCUGCCUACACAUGACAAGAAGACAGAACAGAAAGAAAAUUAAAUGCUCCAAUCACAACAGCAUGCUUCUCCUCUUAAAUCAAAUGUGUUAGAAGCCUUGCUGAAGGGCGCCUCAGAGAAGAGAUAGUUUUGCUUCUUCAUUGCUUCACUUUUCUUUGACCAGCCACAGUCUAAGUCUGAUUUAUUUAUUUUUUAACCUUGAAGCUGCUGUUGAUUUCAAAGGUGCUGGAAUGUAUUGUUACCGUCGAUGUAACACUCUUUCAUUUUUUCUGAGAAUCAUCAGACUGUUGAAGUGCUGUAUCCUUCAGUUAAGGAAAACACAUUUUCAAACAAAGUGCCUCAAAAUAAAUUGUGAUGCUGAAAGAACAAUAAUUCCUAUUAAUCCGCACAGUACAGAAUAAGAGCUGGGACGCUGAUAAUCCAUUUACAUUCUCAUGAAUUCUGAAUUUUAUUUUAGAUGGUAAAGUACAGAGUUUGCAGUAAUCAAGGAAGUAAUUACAGAGGCAAACAGAUAAAUCAGCAGGCAGAUACAAUCAGCUGAUAUUUAGCUAAUUGCUGAUACCUUGUAUUGGCAUAUAUAUCAGCCAAUAAGUAAUAAUAAAUUUCAGAACUGAAAUUCUCUUUAAUAUCCAAAUUUAAACAAACCUUAUGAAAAUAUUUGUUUUCAAGAAAUAACCAUAAUGCUACAGUUAAAAACAAGUACUGUGCUAAAGAGAGAAGUUAUUUAUUUGUAUACAUACUCAAAAUCAAAAUUAGGGGUUGAUACAACCAUAACACUGUGAAAACUCUAUUAUUUCUUUAUGUUCACUUAAUUACUUUUUUGGAACAAUAUUUCCCUCUGAAUUAUUUUCAUUAGUAAAAAAAAAACGGGUAAUUAUUAACAACAGGUACUUUCUGGUGCAUUUAAUAAUGACCAAAUACUGGAUAGUUACGCACACAAAAUUGCAAUAUUCUAACAAAUAGAUAACCUAAUAUAAUCCUAUUUCAGACCACAGGAAGAUACAUUUGGUUACAAAAUAAAUAAUCAGUGAAUACCUAGUUAAUACAACUCAAUGAUUAUAUUCUAUUGAUGAGUUGAUGCCGAUAUUGUGGUGCGAUAUACAGUUUACAAAGGUUUGGAAAUAUGAAUUUCAGUGCCCUGUUUAUGAAAUACGGUUUCCAUGGUCAUGUUAUCCUAUAUACAGACGCACUGAGCUGGAGUACACUGUUCCUGUAAAUUCACCCAGGAUUAUUCUGUCAUUAUUCAUUAUAUAAAACAUAUUCUUGUUUUCUGAAUAGCUUUUGUCUUUGUUUUGUUUUUUGCUCUGUUCUUUCUGUAUCAAAUCUCAAGUGCUUAUUAUUGUUUUUACUGAGGAGAAAGUCCAUCAAAUCUGCUCAGAAUUGCAUUUUUCCUUCCGGUUCAUUAGAAAGGAAACACUGUGACCCAGAAGGAGUAGUCAGCCUUCUCUUAGAAUACAAAUGUGUUCAUCUCCAGAGGCUGUGCAUUAGGGUUACAUGACUGACAUGAAACCACAAACGUAAUACUCAUAAUGAGCCACUUAAUGCAUUUGUGUAUUUUCUGUCUUCUGAACAUUGUGUACAAAUAGACAUGUUUUUUGUAUUUUACUUAGAAUCUGAUGAUUGCAAAGCUGCAUAGUAAAAUAGAUGUAUGCAAAUACUUGACAUGAGGACUAAUCGUUUUGAUUUGUGGGCCAAGGUCUUCACAAUGACAGGAAACUUCCCUAACACUGUGAGUGUGUUGCUGCUGUUCACAUUGUGAAAUGUUUCCAUUUCAUCUAAGUAUCACAACUUUUUACUAAAACAUUUAAGCCAGUACAAUCAAAAUAAACAUACUUGUUUCUCAGUUUGCA